ACUGAGAUUAUGCGGUCAACAUGCAUUUGCGAAUGAUUCGAUCGAUUAUUUGCCACUCAAUCGAUUGUUUAAUCCUAAGGACAUGCAUGUGGAUUUGAAUCAAGGGUCCUUGGAGCGGCGGAAGAGCCACUAUGACCUUAUCGAUGAGGUCGAUCCAGAUGCAGCGGAUCGAUAAGAUAGUUCAAAUUCACGACGCUUGAAAGGCAAAGACCAUCUUGCCACUUCUAUUAAUCACUAUUAUGUCGAAUAAGCCAGCCGUUCACCGCCAGCUGAACAUUAAGUCGGGCGUGGCGAAAAGGCUGUUAAAAGAACAUAUUCUGUAUGCAAAAGAAGCAGAAGAACAACAGCGGAAAGUUGAUAAGCUUAUCGCGGAUAAUGCUGAACAGUGGGAUGUUAGAAGUGCCAGAAGGAUCUUGGAAGAGUCACACAGAAUGAUCAAGGAUUCUGAUAACCGACUGGGCAAGGCGGUACAAGAUCUACGUGAACUCGUUCUGCGGGUAAAGUCUCAAACUGAGUUUGCGGAAGAUGUCGAGCUGCUGCAUGCCGAGGAAGCACUUGAGGAGGCGAGCGUGUAAGUUUCGGCUCUCACCGCGCUAUCCUCGCUUUUGACGCGAUAACACGACCUUGACUUACGAUUGCGUUAUAAUAGACACUUGGAUUCGAAGGCCUCGGCAUAAAACGUGUAGCUCACUGUAGUUUAGGUUUAGUUUGGACUCAUGUAUCCAUUGCAUGGCUUGAGGAAGUCUGU